UUCAGUGUCUGAGAAGCAGUGAGCAAGUCAGCAGUGAUCAACAAUAAUCUUAAUUCCCAUCCCAGCAGAUCCAAGUUUAAGGAAGGAAAAAGGCAUAAAUGAUCAAACAAAGGAAUUACUUCAAAGAGGAGUUGUAAGGCAGAAGUCUCACUUGAGUGUAAAGGUACUGAAGUUCUCACACUUGUGCUUUUCUCUGAAAAGAUCUAAACUUUUAAAACCAGAAGCUGCUUUUCAGAGAACAUAAACAGGAAGGGAGAGGAGGGGAUAAACUAAAAUAACUGAAGCAGUGAUGAAGGACUCAAUUCGGUCUUUUCAAAGAGCAGUGUGGAAAUCUUUUCUCUUAAAAGGCCCCAAGCAGCCACUGAUCUGGCCUUUGACUAAACAAAUUGAUUUCUGUGAGGAAGAAGCAACCCUGAAACUUCCUGUGGCUCUGGGCUGACUGAGAAGUCAGGGGUGCAGGGGCUGGGCCUCUCAGGAGUGUGGUCUCACCAGAAUGAAUCUGGCUGGAGGUUUAAUUGAACACGUGGCUCUCUGGGGAGGUGCGGAGGAGGUGCUGCAAGGCAGGGGAGCAGCUGUGCAGAUAGAGACCCUGGACUGAGCUUUGCUGACGAUCAGAUAUCAGCUCCUCAGUCCUGCACAUCACAUCUGGUUCCAAGCAGGAGGAUCAGCACUUGUCCAUGUAGAAUGUUCAGUGAAGUUUCUGAAAGAGAGGGAGUUCUGCCAUCUCAGUUUGGAUUCUGUGGUCUUUGUGGGUCCCUUCCAGUUCAGAAUAUCCAGUGAUUCUGUGACCCCACGUGACCCUGGUGUAACUGCCCAGGAGGAGUUUCUUGCAUGUGCCUCUGCUGCUCUGUAAAUCACCACUAAGGACAGCUGCCCCAACCUUGGAUCUGUGUUGGAGGCUCUUCAUGUUGAUUUCAAAUGCACAUGGGACAGGCCCUGCCUCACAGUUCCCCUUUUCACCACUGCUGAACUUCUGUUGAUGCCACCAGUGCAGGAUGGGCCGUUGGCAGCCAGACAUUCUCCAGCAACCAGAAAAACCAUUGGCCCCCCAGAGUGGCCAAAGCCUGGCCUGGCAUGUGGCCAAGCUUUGCCCUUUCCAGCUCGCCUUGUGGCCCUGGCUGUAGAUCCCAGAUGUCCAGGCUUGGAAAUCCACAUCCAGGGUGGCAUCAGUGUGAUGUCUCUGUGUCUCAGGCGGAUCCCUAAUGCUGCUCCCCCCUGAGCUGGCCUCAGCCAGCAGGGGCCAUGCGAUGUUCCCUGAAACGCUCCCUCACAGCUCUGCUCACUGCCUCCUUCCUCCUCCUCCUCCUCUUGCUCCUCCAUUGGGACAGCCAGCAGGCACAGGAUCCCCUGGAGGUGGAGUUCAGGGGCCUGGCUCCCAACACGAUCCUGCUGCAGCCAGAGGGAGACCACCGCAUCCUCAGGGACACAGAUGAGCUCUCUGUACUCCACAAUGUCUCCUACCAGCUCCUUGCUGGCUCUCCAGCUUCCCAAAAAAAAUUCCUGGCAGUGGGAAUGGCGUCUGUGCAGAGGCCGCGUGGUUUCUACCUCCUGGCCACACUCCAGUCCCUCUUCAGCCAGUCCACGGAGGAGGAGCUGCAGGAGAUGGUGGUGGUGGUGCACCUGGCUGACACCGAUCCUGGCUGGAACAUGCACGUUGCCACCACCAUCGCUCAGAAGUUCACUCGCCACAUCCUCCUGGGCCAGCUCCUCCUGAUCCAUGCUCCCCCUGAGUUCUACCCCACCCUGGAAGGACUGAAGAGGAACUUCAACGACGCAGAGGAGCGGGUGAGGUUCCGCUCAAAGCAGAAUGUGGACUAUGCCUUCCUGCUCGCCUUCGCUGCCAACCUCUCCUCCUACUAUCUGAUGAUUGAGGACGACGUGUGGAGCGCCAGGUCCUUCCUGACAGCCAUCCGCAAGGCACUGGCUUCCCAGGAGGGCUCCAACUGGGCCACCCUUGAAUUCUCCAAGCUGGGCUAUAUUGGAAAGCUCUACCGUUCCAGUGACCUUCCUCGCCUGGCUCGCUUCCUCCUCCUCUUCUACCAGGAAAUGCCCUGUGACUGGCUGCUGGUCCACUUUCGCCAGCUGCUCACCCAGAAAGACGUGAUCCGCUUCAAGCCAUCCCUCUUCCAGCACAUGGGCCUCUACUCCUCCUUCCAGGGCACCAUCAACCGGCUAGAGGAUGAGGAUUUCCAGCCUGAUGCCUUGGAUCUCCCAGACAACCCACCAGGAUCCCUGUACACCAGCAUGUCCAUCUUUGAGAACUAUGAGCCCCUCAAGGCCUAUGGCUCAGCACAGGGGUACUUUUGGGGCAAAGACCCAGCAGCUGGCAGUACUUUUUCCAUCGUGUUCCAGCAGCCAGCUCGAGUCAGCCGUGUCCGGGUGCUCACGGGCUCCGUGGAACGCCCGGGCGAUUUCCUGCACGCAGGGCUGUUGGAGCUGGGCCAGCACCGGGACCACAGCCGGGAAUGCUCCUCCUACAUCCCUGUGGGCUCCUUCAAGAAGGGGACCCUGGAGCAGCAGGGCCUGGAGAAGGUCCUGCCUGGGCCCGUGGAGUGCGUGAGGAUCCGGGUGACGCAGGACCAGAGUGAGUGGCUCAUCAUCCAGAGCAUUGAUAUCUGGACCACAGCAAGCAUUUGAGCACACUGUGGGAGAGUGUCAAAGCAGCUGUAUUUGAUUCUAUGGAGUCCUUUAUUUUUCACAUUCUCUUUUUGGAUAAGAAAUUAAGUUAUUGACA